UGUGUCACACUCAAAAUAGUCCCACGUGUUGCAGCCUGGCCAACGGCAAACAUCACUUUAAUGACAACGUAACCUCGGUAUUAAAACAAGUAUUUUCAGGACUGGUGUACAUGGAACCGGUGAGUCAGGAUAAAUGUCGGACACCGGAGAGCAGUGGCAGGUGGCUCGGCGACGAAAAGGUGCAGCGAGGAAAUCAAAGUCACUCCAAGUGUCUUCAGCUUCAACAUGCUGCCAGGAACAGCUGGAUAUCGGGAAAACUGUCAAACGGAUCAGAGACACAGUAUCUGAGUUGAGAUGUGAGGAGUUUUGGCAGGAGUGGAAAGAGCAGCUGUUGGUGGCAGCAUCCGUCUCAACACCUCCAGACAACAAGGACACCGAGGAGCAGCUGGAGACGGACAAAGGAGGCAGAUCAUGUCAGCAUCUGGAGUGUGUGUGUUACGGCCUCGGCUCCUUCUCCUCAUGUGUCGCAGCUCGAUACCAGCUGGCUAUGUUGCUGCUGCUGCUGGAUGCUGGACAGAUUCCAUUGAAGGACUGCUCUGUUUAUGAUCCUGCAUUCUCCUCAGCAGAGAGGGAUGUUCUGAGAGAGCUGGGUCUGACUGUGCUCACAGAAAAUGAGGAGGGGAAGCGUCUCGCGACAAAGCCCACGCUCUUUUACCUGAUGCAUUGUGGGAAAGCCCUGUACAACAACCUGUUGUGGAAGAACUGGAGUGCACAGUGUCUGCCUCUGGUGAUAAUGAUUGGAAACAGCUUCAGUGGCAUAAGGGAGAGGACGAUCGAGAGAGAGUUCAAGCGGGACUACAGCUACAUCAGUGAGGCUGUGGAUUUGUGUGAGGAGAGACAGCUGCCCUGUCCUUCUCGUCUGAUUGACGUCUUCAGUGAUACAUCAGUCAUCACCUUUCCUUCCAGCAGCCUGAACACACUCCCACAGUCUACAUGGGCAGAGACGCCCGAACCACAAUACCAACACUGCCCUGAUUUGGAGAUUAUACUGAAGCAAACACAGAGCUGAGACAGAGGAUGGACGAUAGUGGACAUGUUUUUAUUGUUAACAUUGAUAUAACCAGGCUGUA